UCUUUUUCUUUUUCUUUGGAAAACCCCGACGAGCGGCUGGGCUCGGUUAGCCAAAGGAGCAAGCCCUAGCUCGCCCAAAUCCCCGCUCCCCUCCCCCUCGCCGAACAAAUGUCCGACCGCCGCCGCGACAGGGAGAGGCCCCGCGAGCGCGGCGGCUACGACCAGCCGCGGGAGCGCGACCACGACGCCGACCGCCACCGCGACCGGGACCGCGACGUCGACCGCCACCGGGACCGGGACCGCGGCCAGGACAAGGAGCGGGACCGGGACCGGGACUACCGCCGCGCCCGCAAGCGCUCGCGCUCCCGCUCCCCCUCGGCCGACAGGGACCGCGCCCGCCGCCACCGCUCCCACUCCCACUCCCACCCCCACCGGUCACGCUCCCCCGACGCCGGCCGCCACAAGCGCCGCCGCGAGGGGUCGCCCGUCGCCGACUCGAAGGAGGACAGGAAGCCGGAUCCCCCCAAGGCCGCCGAGGAGGCGGCCGCCCCGGUGGGCGACGGGGACGUGGACGCGGAGGAGCUGGAGAUGAUGAAGAUGAUGGGGAUCCCCGUCGGGUUCGACUCCACCAAGGGCAAGUACGUCCCCGGCGCCGACGUCAGCGGCGUGCGCGCCGUCACCAAGCGCCAGCCGCGGCAGUACAUGAACCGCAGGGGCGGGUUCAACCGUCCCCUGCCGCCCGAGGUCAACCGCUGAGGAGGAUCAUGUAUCACUGCAGUAUACCUCGUUGUAUCACUGCAGUAUACCUCGUUGCUGGAAUGCAAACUUGCGGUUGAUUACUAGACUUCUUUGCUGGCCAUAGCAAGGAUUGAGCUUCUACUGUCUACCAAGCAUGUAUAACCUUGAUGGCUAGUUACUUUGCCAAACUUUGCAGACUGAGACAUGUAGUUCUCGUUUUCAUCAUUUGCUCUGUCGACAUUCCAGGGAAAGAUAUUGGUGGCGUGUUUUUGGAAAUGUGGUUUAGAAAAUUACAUGAUGUUUCUGCACAUAAUUUGGUGAGCGUCAAGAGCAAUGUUUGUAUAUUUCAA